AUGAAGGAUAAAUGUUUGGCACUCCCAACAGUCCCGAAGGAACAAACUGGAAACAAUAAUCGAACCCCUGAAUCCAUCGAGCACCGAUUACCCUUCGCUGGAGGCUCUUCUUAUCAUUUUCUUCUAGAAAAAGAUUAUAGAGAUCGCAUCAUAGACUCCAUGGGGAUGGAGAUACAGGAGUUGAAAGCCCAACUUAAGAGGGUGCUAGGCGAUCCAACAGAAAAGAAGACGGAAGUGGAGCCCUCUCGUUUGCGACGAAGGAGCUCAUCCAAAAUGCCACCAGUGAAGAAGUUCCCCAGGAAUGAGUCUGGGAAACAAAGCCAGCCUAUCCCGGUACAGAGUGAGGCAGCAAGCAGUUUCACCCGUGGGUUACGUCGGAAAAGGACCAAGAGGCAGAAGACCAAGCAGCUCUCCGAAGAGUUCCUAGCCAGGUUUGUCUCCAACAGUAAGAUCCCGAAGGAGUCGGAUACACUGUUUGGCCUCCGUAAAGAGCAGGAGGAAACGCUGCGCAAUUAUGCUAGGAGGUACUGGGAAGAAUACAAUGACUUGGAGGAAAAUGUGUGCAGUGAGCAGAUGACCGUUAUGUCCUUCAAACAUGGUUUGCGCCCAAAACGUAAGCUGAGACAAUCACUUACCAAGCGCCCGGCCACAGCUUUGAAAGACUUGCGCGCCAGGAUUGAACAGUACACUUGUCUCGAAGAUAAUCAGAUCCCCAUUAAGGUAGUGUCAGCAGAACAAACAACUCGACAUAAGAAGAGAACAGAUCGAGGAGAACAGCGAGGGAUUGCAGUAAAUGAGGUGGAUAAGUCCAAAUCCCAUGAAACCGUUGUGACUGUAUUCAAAGAGCCAAUCUAUCGAAUUCUGAAAAAGAUCAAGAGAGAGCCGCUCUUUGUUUGGCUGCCGAAAAUGUUAGGAGAUCCAGCUCGGCGCAAUCAGAAGCUCAGAUGCACUUACCACCAAGACAGGGGGCACAUGACUCAGAACUGCAGGGCACUGAAGCAACACUUGGAAGACCUAGUGGCAGCUGGACACCUAAGGGAUUACAUUGAUCAGGAUAAGGAAAUGACCGAACCAGGAAACCCACCACCAGAAGAAAACAUUGAGCAUCCACCUCGGCUGAUAAUAAAUGUGAUUCACAGGACAGCGAUUCAGGAAUCUGAGGAGGCACUGAAGGAAGAGAUUGCUAAGGCUGCGCAAAUUCAGCGGAUCAUGUCAGUGAAGCCUGCAUCAAAAAAGGUACGUACAGUACCUAAAUCCCCCUUGUGCACAGUUUCAUUUACUAGCAAAGACUUAGAAGGCAUACAGCACCCACAUACUGAUGCAUUAAUUAUAACUGUGGGAAUUGGAAAACGAUUUGACGUAAAACGAGUCCUAGUAGAUCAGGGUAGUACAGCAGACAUACUGUAUUAUGAUUUAUUCAGAAAGCUUGGUCUCUCCGAGCAGCACCUCACCCCAGUGGCAGCCCCGUUGGUCAGUUUCACUUCACAGCCAGAAUGGCCGCUUGGCAGAAUAGUGUUGCCAGUCGUGGUGGGGAUAAAAACCCUCCAGAUAGAGUUCUUGGUUAUUAAUACAUCAUUCCCUUACAACGCCAUACUUGGCCGUCCGUGGAUUCAUCGAAUGGAAGCAGUCCCUUCAACCUAUCACUAG